AUGGCUGAGGGACAGCAGGACAGUGCUACAGGUGUUCGAAAGUCCUUUUUUCUUGUCAAGGAAGAGGUUAGCUCAGAUUGGAAGGACCUGGCCUUCCAUCUUGAUUUUCGGCGGUCAGACACUGACAACAUUGAGAGUAGAAACCGAGAUGACAAGUCCCGCUGUAUGGACCUGUUGGAGGAAUGGCUCAAGCGGAAUGGAGAGAGAGCCACCAUAGAGGUCCUGAUGGAGGCUCUGUCUGAGGCAAAGUUACAAAGUACAGUGGACAGUCUAAGGAACAAAUAUCCUGAGAUGACGACACCACAAGCCUCAAGUAGCCAACAGGACAUAGAAGAUGUGUUCCGAAAGGCUAUCAAGAAGUACUACGAGUUGAAGCUGACUUACUUCAAACCUCUAGUCUGGAAUGACAACUUCAAACUUACCCUCAGUGACAUAUUCACACAGUUAGAAUUAGUAUCGAUAAAAGACAAACAACAACAAAUGUCCGGAAGAUACAUCUGGCAAGUGCAGAAAACAAAAAUCAAUUCAUUAGACGACUUAUUAAACCACACUGUCACAGGACAGUCCACGGCAUCGAGGUGUAUUCUGAUUGAGGGUGAAGCUGGAAAGGGAAAGACAACGUUUCUGUCCAAAGAAGCCAUCGAUGCCGUUUCAAAGAAAACAGAGUUGGGCAGACUGUACGAUAUCGUCCUGUUGAUUCGACUCCGGGAGGUCAGGGAGGAUGAAACCUUGGAGGAGAUGGUGUGGGACCAGUGUGUUCCUGAAACAAUCGAAGGUAUAGAUGUUACGUCCAUUAGAACAAUACUCCAAAAGAACGAGUCCCGUGUGCUCUUUCUCCUCGACGGGUAUGAUGAGCUACGACCCGGGGCCAGGGCAAACAGGCAAGCCAUUCCAAAACUGCUCGACGGCAAAUUGUACCCCAACAGCGCAAUCGUGAUCACAUCCCGACCCUCAGCAGGAGUGCAGCAGUACAUCCGACCAGACUCUAGCGCACACAUCAUGGGCUUCUCCGUUGCACAGGUGGUAGAAUACAUCCGGCAGUAUUUCAGAUCGGAAAAAAACUCAGAACGAGGAGAACAGCUCUUAGUGCAGCAUUUUGACAUCACACCCCAUUGUCACCUUCCUUUGGAAUUCAUCAUACCUCGCUGGGAAAGCCGGAUUGUUAAUGAUUUGAUCCAUACCCCUAUCUUCCUGUUCUUGGUUUGUGUCCUGUGGCAGGAGAACCGAGAUAUGGUGGCUACUGGAACAAUGACGGGGCUGUACGAGAACCUGCUGACAUGUCUAGUUAGAAAGUAUUGUGUGCGGGAAGGAGUAGACAUGCCAACAGACGGGCUGCCUACAGACGUGGCCGAUACUUUACUGCAAUUUGGUAAGGUAGCAUUAGAGGCACUUCGAAGAAAUGAGACCCUACUAGAUCUUACGCAAGUAGAGAGGGAAAAAGUUAACUCUGAGUUACUGUUAAAGCUUGGCGUGGUCUCCUUGGAGGUUUCUGCCUCUAAACUGCAUCCAAGGAAGCAACUGAACUUUUCACACAAGACGAUGCAAGAGUUCUUGGCCGGACGAUAUAUCGCGCAUGCGUUAGUAAACCGAGACCCUGCAGAUGUGCUUCAGCUCACCUCCAUAAGCAAUGCACUUCAACUCAGUAAUCUGCUUCGGUUCACGUGUGGGUGUGACACACAGGCGGCUCAAGCUGUCUUGAAUGUACUGUGCAAUCUCCGAAGCAAGGAGUUUCCACAUGUACAUGCGGGUCAGUUUAAGACGCCAGUAAAGCAAAGUAUGAGGAGUCCAGAGGAAACGUAUGAAGCAUUUAUUUUCCUCUGUCUUGACCUUUUGGAUGAAAGGAAAGAGCGGGACGUACUGCUGGCUGUCAGCAAAGCUCUACCAGUUAUCUUCGUAGACAUUAACAGGCACAGCAAACCAUUAGAUAAUCUUAUGUAUUAUUUGAAAAAUAUCUUAUCAUCGGAAUCGCAGGAUAAAGUCAUACUUAUUGUCGGUAUCAACGAUGCUCGUCAGGGCCUAGAGCAGAGUCUUGCAUCCUACUUGCAUGAUCCGCGGUUGGAAGUGAGAGUGGGGAUUACAUCAUUCAUCUCUCCCGAGGCGACAGCCAGGCUGGUUUUAGCUUUGAAGAAUGUUCCUGGUCUGAGAGCGCUGAGCCUUCGUUUCACAAGUCAAACAUUAUCGACUCUUCAGCAGCUUGUGCAGGGGUUCAGCCACAUGUCUCUGUUAGAGGAAUUGGAUCUUUCCACCAACUCUAACCUUGGUGACGAUGGGAUAGAAAUCUUACAGGUUGGGCUAUCCAGAAUACCUCACCUGGCUGUGCUCCGCCUGGGAGGGUUUGGAGUCGGAAUGACGGGUGUGGGCAUGUCAUCCCUGGCUUCCUAUAUGCGCCACCUAGCGGGACUGAGAGAACUGGAUAUAAGUCAUAAUAAUAUCGGUGACAACGGACUGGAGCACCUCGCCACUACGCUCCAUACUCUUACAGCCAUGCAGGUGUUGGUCCUGGCAUGGACUGGUAUCAGCGCCACAGGCAUGCGCAAACUGGUCCCUGCACUGUGUCAGUUAACCAGAAUGAUAAAACUGGACAUAAGUUGUAAUAUGCGUAUAGGAGACCUCGGACUGGAAUGCCUGGUUGAUAUCCUCCCCCACCUCACAGCAUUGAAAGAGUUAAAGAUAAGGGGGACAGGUAUCACUGGCAGGGUAAUAUCGGCACUGGUCAGAGCUCUGCCUCACCUGGUGGAACUACAGGUGUUGGAUGUAAGGGACAAUAACAUGGGGGACUCAGACAUCCUCUCAAUGGUCCAAACACUCUGCAAUUGUAACACCACACUAGAAGAGCUGUACAUAGGGUACUAUGACGGAGUAACAGGAGACGGAUGGGGAAACGUCGCACAGCUCAUCAGCGCAUUGCCGGCACUGACUAGGCUGGAAAUGUCUGGUUCCUGGGACCCCCCUACACCCCUGCCUGACACCGCUGCCAUGACUCUGGCCGAGGCUCUACCCAGACUCCCUGCCUUAGAGUGGCUGAACCUGCAGAACAUCUCCAUGGAGCCUGCAGGGUUCCAGGCUGUGGUGCAGGCUGCUGAGGAACAUCCAACACUGGAGGAGCUGAAGUGA